CAUACAGAGACACACAGUUCUGCUCUUUAAUCUCCAGUAAAGAUGCUGCGGAAAGUCCGAGAUCAGGUCAAGAAACAUCCAGGACUCAUCCCACAGUUUUUCUUCAUCUGUCUGGGCAUGGGUGGAGCGUUCCUUUAUUUGUUUCGUCUUGCCAGAGGACCUCAUGUCACCUGGAACAAGAACAGCAACCCUGAGCCCUGGAAUAAGCUCAGUCCAAGCUACCAGUACAAGUUUGUGGCCAUUAACACAGACUACAAAAACCUGAAGAAGGAAGGACCAGACUUCUGAACAUGUCACGGAUGUUGCCUCAACUUUUAUCAUGAAGAUGCUGAGAUGUCCUUGUGCCUCACUAGUCUAAAUACACAAUAAUAAUAAUACAGAAAAAUAAACUUGUAGGAUCUUUUCUAUAUUUUUUAUUAAAGAAAAAUGUCAAGAACCUUUAUUUCUUCACUAAACACGCUGAUAGACAUACUCAUUAGCAUGAGAUAAAGAGCAGAAUAAAGGACUAAACUAGUCUACUUUUUUCAUGUGCAUUAGACGUUAAGCUUUAUAGAAAUCCCCAAAGUUGCAGAGAUAACAUGACCUCCCUCUAGUGAGCAUGAGAAAGGGCGAAAGGAAGACGAGCAGAUGUUUGUCUUUCUGUAAACAGGACCUGAACAGCAGAGACUCAUGGGAAGGAGACUGAGCUCCCUCAGGCCUGCUCUUGAAGUCUGUGUGAUUAUUUGAAAAAGCAGCCAUCUGUUCAGAACAAUGCACAUCGACAUGUUUAUCUUUGUCUCUCUCACUAUAUUUCUUUCUGCACUUAUUACUGUCUUCAUUUUUAUAUCACUGUCAUCCAUCUGUCAUCAUUCAACUUCAUUUCAAGGUCUUCUGUACACAUUUUCUUCGGACUGGCAAGCCAUACAAACAAACACAGGAAAUAGGCAGAUAUUUUACUCUUGAGUGUUUACUCUUCAGACCCCCAGAGAUUUUCAAAUAAUACAUAAAAAUUGAAUUUUUUUUUUUGUUUUUUUGUAAGCAUUUUAUCAUUAGCUACCAACCAAAAUCCUAUAAACUGGGGGAAAAAACUGUUAAGAUAAAACACUUUGAAUACUGAGAAUGGACACAGAGCUUUAUUUUACCCAGCUAAAUUCAGUUACUGUUUUGAAUUGUGCUAAAACUCUUGAGGGUGUUUAAUGACAUGACUUUACACAGUAUGAAAUACAAAGAUUUUUAUAUUUUCAAGAAGGUUUGACUGAUGUUUUAUGCAACACUCAUUGUACAUU